GUAGAAAGUUUGUUAUCAGUAUCUGUAUCUUCGCAUAUGUUCUUGAGUGUGGUGGCUAUAUAAAGCGGAUCCAUCUUCUAAUGGUUGGCUCACUCUAAGCCCAAAUUCAAGCAAACUCAUUAUGGCUUCCUCUAGUGUGCCAAAAUUAUAUCAUACAGUCAUUGACGAUGUUAUUAAUAAUGUAAGGGAGGCUUUUAUAGACGAAGGAGUUGAUGAGCAAGCACUAACAGAAUUAAAACAGGUUUGGGAAAGGAAAUUGCAUGAAUCUAAAGCCAUUGAAAGAGAAGAACCACCUGUUACUAAAAUUGUUCCACAAGCUUCCAUCCAACCGGUCCAGCAAGCAACGACGAUAGGUUCUUCAGCAACUAUUACCCACCAAUUAGCUAUGCCUGCUGGAGGUAUGAUUCCUUCAACUUUGUUGCAAUAUAAUCCAGCAUCAAAUGAUCUUCAAAAAACUGUUCACUUGCCUGGUAAGGUGACACUGAGCCUUCCUGCUCACAUGGCUCAAACAGGCCUACAAACUUUAGUUUCUGCACCUGGUGCAACCCAUGUACAACUUCCUCCAGAAUUUGCUUCUUUAUUCCAAGGCAACAUUAUUACCUCAGCACCCAAUAAUCUACAACAAGGUGGUCAGCAAAUAGCUGGUGUUUAUCAGACUAUUACAAGUGACCAACUGAAAAAUGCCCAACAAUUUACUGUCACCAUACCAGUCACUACCCAGCAGUCUCAAGCACAAACUGGUGUUGUAGGUCAAAUGGAUGGCACAAAUGAUACAAGUGAUGAUGAGGACGAUGAUGAUUUCCAAGAUAAUGAUGACGAUCGGGAUGAUAAUGAUGAUGAAGCCAAUGAAGAUGAUAUUGGUGAAGAAGAUGAGGAACCUUUGAAUUCAGAUGACGAUGUUAGUGAAGAUGAUCCUUCUGACUUAUUUGACACUGAAAAUGUAGUAGUUUGUCAAUAUGAUAAGAUCACUCGCAGUAAAAAUCGGUGGAAGUUUCAUCUGAAAGAUGGUAUUAUGAACCUUCAAGGCAAGGAUUUUGUGUUCCAAAAGGCCCUGGGCGACUCUGAGUGGUAGCCCUUUGAUUCCUGUCUCCCCUUUCAUCAGUCGUUGUGACAAUCCUCAUUACUGUCAUCCAUGAUUGUCGCUCUUUCAUCAUAGAGCCACUGCACGGACGAAAGUUUUUAAACCUCUUGCAUGCAGUGCUGCUCUCCUCAGUUUUGUUGUGAAGGCAACUAUUAUUGGUGUCUUUUCUUUUUUCAUUAUCAUGUAUAUGAAUAGUUAGUCAAUUUUUUGAAUGCAAUAGAAAGUGUGUAUUGUGUUAUAUAGAAUAUGUUUCCCAUUGUGAAAAUUUUCUCUAUUUUCUUGAAGGUAAUUCCAUCUUACCAUUUAUUUCGUAUAUUUAUUUUUUGGGAAAUGUAUGUAAAAAAUGCUAUCAAACUGUGUUGUGAAAAUCUGCUUUGAUAUGUGUGCUUCCAUUUAUUAUUUGACAAAUUCCAGGAGUAAAACCCAAAUGCUUUUGAUUUCUCAAAUAGAAAUUUUUUUAAAUACCAUUAGAUUAUAUAAGAAACCAGAUGUAUAUAUUUUUAUUAUGAAUGUGAUCAAUUUAAGGAAAGUUUUAUCUUGAAUAUCUUUAAUUUCUUUAGUAGAUGGAUGUGCCAUUCAAUUUUUUUCUCUUUUUAAAUUUUACCAGUCCAUUGGUAAUAUAUGAGAGAAUAUAAAUUCUGAUCAUAUUGUACACUGAUUAAUUUUAGUGCUAACUCUACAACACAGUUUGUUUACGUAAAACAAAUUUACCAUCUGAUAAAAUUCUAAUGUAAGCAAUUCUAAGUGCCUCUUGGGUGACAAACAGAACGAUCAAAAAAGUGCAUUUGAAUCCUGGUGAUGAAAUAGCGUAGAAAUUCUGUUUUGAAGAGUAAAGUAUUGUAUUUUUUUUUAAUUCAAAGAUUUUGACUUCAUUUCAUUAAAUUUUGAAAUGCAUGUAGCAGUUGAGAGUGUGUAUUACUUAAUUGGUUUUGGGAUAUAAAAGAAUGAGCUAUAAUUGUCUCAAUCAAAAAAGUUAAUUUUUUGCAUUCUGUUUAGGUGUUUUAAAGUUUAAAUUACUUGUAAUUCCUAUACUUAAAUUUUGUUUAUAAAUAAAAUGUUUUCCAGUUAC